CUUUCUUCCCUUUUCUCCGGUCUGGUAACCCGGGCCAGCAGGCGGCCUUACGAAUGUGGAGCUGCAGGGCUCGGUCCCUGCUGUGCGUGUGGGAGGUGCGACUGGCUAGGUUCCUUGGUAGGAGCCUGCUGAGCAGCAAUGCCGCCUCGGGAAAGAGCAUCGAGCCGCAAUGCUGGAACUGCGGCCGCGCGAUGGGAGCCGGGCGUGGGGAUGAGUUUUUCUGCGCACACUGCCGCGCGCUGCAGCCUCCUGACCCCACUCGGGACUACUUCAGCCUCAUGAACUGCAACCAAUCCUUCAGGGUUGACAUCCGGAAACUUCAACAAAGGUACCAGCAACUACAGCGCCUUGUCCACCCAGAUUUCUUCAGCCAAAAGUCUCAGACUGAGAAACGGUUCUCGGAGAAGCAUUCGACCCUGGUGAAUGAUGCCUACAAGACUCUUCAGGCCCCCGUGAGCAGAGGACUAUAUCUUGUAAGGAGACCUGACCACAGUAGAGGGGAAAUAAGAAGGAAAACACUUGUUGGGGAGCUGGAAAGAUGGCUGAGGGGUUAAGAGCACUGGCUUCUUCUCCAGAGGUCCAGAGUUCAAAUCCCAGCAACCACAUGGUGACUCUAUAAUGGGAUCCAGUGUCUUCUGGUGUGUCUGAAGACAGUGACAGUGUACUCAUAUAAAUAAAAUAAAUAAAUCUUGGAAAGAAAAAGAGAAAUAAGAAAGAAAAUCAGAUAGACAGACAAACACUUGUUGGCCCUCAUUGUCAUGUGAGAACUGACUUUGGAAGAUAGACUUAACCAAGAGUAUAAUCAUACUCCAAGUAUUGCAACAAUUGCUUCUAUCCGGGGUAUUAUGUAGAGGCUGUCAUUAUCUCUAAGGAGGAAAACGAGCUGGCUAGUUGGUAGAAGUUGGUAGAAAUGCCCCCAGAUUUGCAGCAGAGCAAGCACUGAAACCCUGACCUUCUGACCUAACCUCGACAUUUCUUUUUUUUUUUUUUUUUUUUUUUUUUGGUUCUUUUUUUCGGAGCUGGGGACCGAACCCAGGGCUUUGUGCUUCCUAGGUAAGCGCUCUACCACUGAGCUAAAUCCCCAGCCCCCUAACCUCGACAUUUCUGUUUCAUCCCACAGUCAUCUCUAGAAAAUCCACAGGGGAUGGGUCUAGUUACUGCACAGAACUGGCCCAAGCUUGUGUGGAGGCUGACACACAGAGAAGCUACAGAGCAAGACCUGGGGUCAUAAGCUGCUUAUGUACAUAUGUGGUUGGUACACAACCAUGAGGACUCGAGUUCAGACCCCACAGUUCCCACACAUCGUCUCUGACUUCCACAUAGGGGCUGUGACAUGGACAGCGCGCGCACACACACACACACACACACACACACACAAACAUGUACUCUCUCUAAGUAAAUGUAAUUUUAAAAAUUUUCUUAAAAAGUGGAUGGUCCUUGAGGAAUAACAGACAGAUAACUUCUGACCUUGACAACAGACAGAUAACUUCUGACCUUGACAACACUUGCACACACACAGACACACACACACACACAUACACACACACACACACACACACACACACUAAUAGAACAGAACAGCAGGCCAAAAACUAAGGUUGGAUUGUUUUGUAUUUUUGUUUUUUGGUUUUUUUUUUUUUGUUUUUUUUGUUUUUGGUUCUUUUUUUCGGAGCUGGGGAUCGAACCCAGGGCCUUGCACUUCCUAGGCAAGCGCUCUACCACUGAGCUAAAUCCCCAACCCCUGUUUUGUUUUUUCUGAGUUAGGGUUUCUCCAUGUAGCCCUACCUGUCUUAGAACUUACUCUGUAGCCUUGGCUGGCUUCAAACUCAGAGACCUACCUUUGCCUCCCGGGUGUUGGGAUUAAAGGUGUGCGCCAUCACCGCCCAGCCAGGUUGGAUUUUUAUGUCACAGUCCUGAAUAUUUUUCUUGUGUUAGGGAUAUAAACCAAGAACUUGGUUGGGUAGGUGCUCAACCACUGAGCUUACCCACCCUCUAUUUCACUGGGUUUGUUGUCUUUUUGUGUAUGUCUUGGAUAGUCCUGUGUAUCUUAGGUUGACCUUAAGCUCACUAUUGGAACUAAGGGCAACUUUAAACUGAUUCUCCUGCCUUCCUCGGUGCUGCAGUUACAGGGGUGCCACUCUGUUAUAUUGUCUUCAAGCAGAGGUCCUCUCCUUAGAUCCCCACACACACACAUACACAUACACACACACACACACACACAAUACCCUUACUUAAUUGAAUGAGACCCUCUCACAGUGUUGAGGAUUAGCAUAGUUAUGGUUUCUAUUGCAGUGGUAAAACACCAUGAUCAAAAGCAACUUGGAGAGAAAAUGGUUUAUUGAAAUAAAUAUUUAUACUUACAUUUCCCAAUA